AUGGAGACGGCGGUGAAAGAGCAGAAGGGGGCAGCCGGGCGGGAGGUGAUCGCGAGGACGAAGCUGGCGAGCCACGGGAAGCUGUUCGUGGGCGGGGUGCCGCUGGGCACCAGCGAGUCGGAGCUCCGCGCCCACUUCUCGCGGUUCGGCAAGGUGGCGUUCGUCGGGACGCCCAAGGACAAGCAGACGGGCGCGUCGCGCGGGUUCGCCUUCGUGCAGUUCGUGAGCCCCGACGACGCCGCCGCCGCGCUCGCCGCGGGCCACCAACGCCACGUCCUCCACGGCACCACGAUGGAUGUCAAAAUAGCCGAACCGAAGUCCUGGGAUGGUGUCCCACCACUACUCUCCUGCAACAAGAAGAAGAUCUUCAUAGGCGGCCUGGCUCCGUUCGUCGGCGAACAGCAGCUCACGGAGUACUUCAGCGCGUUCGGCGAGGUCAGCCGCGCGAUCGUGGUCACCGAGAUUUUCACAAACAUGCCCAGGGGCUUCGGCUUCAUCGAGUUCGCGCUGGAGUCGUCGGCGGCGAGAGCGCUGCGGAGGGAAAGGCACCGCCUGUGCGGCCAGUGGGUGGAGGUGAGGCUCGCCAUGCCCAAGCACCUGCUUGCGGCUGGGGCGCCGGAUCAGCAGGAUGCCGCUGGUUCUAGCAGGCUGUCGGUUCUGGCUCCCCCAUUUUAUCCGGCUAGAUCAGCAGCUGGUUUUUCCUCUUCUUCUGCUGCUGCUGCUGCUAAUUAUUCCACCAAGAACGCUCCUGUGAUAGAACCUGUGACGUACGUCGUCGGUGAUAGCAGUAACCCUAAUAUCGGCUACGAGAUACCUGGGGUACUGAUGAGCCCGGACGUGGCUGAAGCUGUUGCUAUGGCUAAUUACCUGCGAGGUGGCAGCUGGGCUCCGCCUCUAGUGGCAGCAUAUUAUGGUGGUGGAAAUGUGAAGCUGUUCUAA